UUACAAUAAAAUCGUGUUCACGUUCCACACCAGAAAAAGUUAAUGUUAGAACAAUGCCCGCACCACGGAUACAUAGGGGUUGGUGGUGAAGAAAUAGAAGAGCGAUGGUGAUGAUAAAAUGCACUUGUUAUUGCGGAAAUGCAAAACUAUGACAUGUAUUAGCAGCACCUGUAGUAUUCUCACUCAAUUACUGCUGCUUCCUCCUGUCUCUCUCCUCGCCUCCAACUCCAAUUCUUCCUCGCCUCUCAACUCCUCUCUUCUCAAAUCUCCUCCUGCUUCUCUCUCGGGUUUUUUAGGUCAAACCUCGAGGUUUGAAGCUCGUGGUUUCUGUAAGAGUUCUGGUGAAGGCAGAGCUAUGGCGAAUAGAAUGGUGUCGUCGCUGCAAAGUAUAGAGAAUUCAGAUGCUAUUUCUUAUCUCUCUCAGAAAGAAGCAGCUGAAGUUGAUGAGAUUCUUAUGGGUCCUCUAGGCUUUAGUGUCGAUCAACUAAUGGAAUUGGCUGGUCUGAGUGUUGCCUCAGCAAUAGCAGAGGUCUAUACAGCAAGCCAGCAUAACAAUGUACUUGUCAUUUGCGGUCCCGGAAACAAUGGUGGCGAUGGUCUUGUAGCCGCUCGUCAUCUACAUCACUUCGGAUAUAAACCUGUUGUUUGUUAUCCAAAGCGUACUGCAAAGACUCUUUAUACUGGUUUGGUCACUCAGCUGGAAUCACUAGGCGUUUCUUUCAUCCCAGUGGAAGAUCUGCCUACGGAAUUAUCAGAGAACUUUGACAUUCUAGUGGAUGCAAUGUUUGGAUUCUCAUUUCACGGUACUCCACGUCCACCAUUUGAUGAGCUGAUCCAGAGACUGGUUCAUCAACGAAUUAUUAGUCAAGGUUCACCAGUUAUUUCUAUAGAUAUUCCAUCUGGUUGGCAUGUCGAAGAUGGAGAUAUUUCAGGUGAAGGCAUAAAACCUGACAUGUUGGUUUCCUUAACUGCUCCAAAGCUCUGUGCAAAAAAAUUUGAGGGAAUGCACCACUUUCUUGGCGGGAGGUUUGUCCCUCCUUUGAUUAUCAACAAAUUCAAGCUACAGCUGCCCCCAUAUCCUGGCACUUCUAUGUGUGUUCGGAUUGGGAAAGCGCUCAAUAUAGACAUAUCAGCUUUAAGAGAGAACUAUAUAUCUCCUGAGUUUCGUGAAGACCAGGUGGAGGCUGACCCUUUCGAUCAGUUCAAGAAAUGGUUUGAAGAUGCAGUGGCUGCAAGCUUAAAGGAACCAAAUGCCAUGGCCUUGUCCACUGCUGGGAAAGAUGGCAGACCUUCUUCCCGAAUGGUAUUGCUGAAAGGUUUUGAUAAAGAUGGCUUUGUCUGGUACACUAAUUAUGGAAGCCAAAAGGCUCGUGAAUUAUCUGAAAAUCCUCAUGCAGCACUUCUUUUUUACUGGGAUGGUUUAAAUCGUCAGGUAAGAGUGGAAGGUUCAGUGCAGAAGGUUUCUGAGGAAGAAUCUGAACAGUACUUUCAUAGUCGUCCUCGAGGAAGUCAAAUUGGAGCUAUAGUUAGCAAGCAGAGCUCAGUGAUUCCUGGACGGGAUGUUCUCCAGCAAUAUCACAAAGAAUUAGAAGAAAAAUUCUCUGAUGGAAGUACGAUUCCCAAACCAAAACAUUGGGGGGGAUACCGGCUAAAACCCAAGGCUUUUGAAUUCUGGCAAGGACAACAAUCUCGCUUGCAUGAUAGGUUACGUUAUUCUCCUAUAGAGAUUGAGGGGAGGAUGGCGUGGAAGAUUGAGCGGCUGGCUCCCUGACUAGCAUUUGCAACUUCUUCAUUGUAAAAAUUAGCUACACAACUGUCCAGUUUCUCUUCAGGUGAUAGUAUGGUCAUAUCUUAUAUAUAUGGUGACAUACAUGUACUUUUUAGCGAUGAAUGAUUCAGAGUGAAGGUACGAAAAUAAAAAAUUGAAGCAAUGAUGGGCAUGUUACAGUAUUCAUAGGACCUUAACUGAUGUACUUCAUUUAUGAUUUAUAGUACCUUAAAAGAUAGCCAUUUUGUUUCAAAUUCUGAUUCAGAAUUAACAUUGCUUCUUUGUUUGUCUUCUGUUCUUUUGCUGUUGGAGAUGAAUGGUUGCAGGAACAAGGAUGUUAAAUAAGGAAUUAUAUAACCAUAA